GAUCGAUUCGGAAAAGAUGGAGUCUUUUCCCGACCAAGAAUUCUCUUUCUCCGAUUGGGAUUACUUCAGUUUUCUCCUCCUUCGUCCCGUUCUCGCUAUUCUCUUUACGCUCUCAUUACUCUUCUUCGGGUGGUUCUUGGCAUGGAAGUUGGUGCUGGUUCAUGUACCUCUAGUGCAAGAGAUCUUUGGUCUACGGAAAAAACUCGUCAAGCCAAAGCCGGCUGGUAGAAGAAGAAUUACACAAUUUUACAACAGAAUCAAUGCCCAAAAUCCUUUAGAAUGAAUGCCACUGCAAGAGCUUGAGCCGUACGUACGAUACUUUGAACAAUGGCAUUGGUCUUAAAGCUUACAACUGUAACCCGUUAGCUGUAAAAGUGGAAGUUUGAAGCAGAGAAGAAGAAGAAGAAGAAGAAGAAGAAGCUAUCCACAGUUGUAAAUAGGUCCUAAUGUGUAACUGAUUCAUGUCUGACGUUUAUCAGUUAUUAAUGUUAGGGAUAUAUUCUUGAAUUGUGUUAACUGAACCUUUUAUUAC